AUGAAGGGUCUUGACCGAGGUCUCGCUCUCGUCUCCACACUAGCUCUGCUCUUCCUCCAAGCUGUAGCGGUCCCCCUUUCAGCUGCCGAAAAUGCCUCCCCCGACCAGGCAGUCCUAGGCGAUACUUACAGCUUUCCCUCAACCUCUGAGAACAACGUUGACGUUUUUGACAAAGAUCCAGAGGCAGCAGCCGCACCAUCAUGGUUCACCUCCACCCUGAUGGCCCGCCGACUCCUCGCUCUCUCCACCACCGCCGCUGUGGCUGGCCUAUCCAUCAGCCAGAAAGAAUACGUCUCAGACUGCGACGAGGCCCUCCCCCCUACAAGCGGUAACGGCGGCAACGGCGACCCGACCUUCCUCGCCCUCGAAGUCGAAACCACCUUCCGCAACACUGCUGCAGGCUCUAACAUCAGCAUCACCCUCGAUUGGUGGGACCACUUGAAUGAGACUGAGCCGCUCUGGCCCGGCUUCCCGCUCAGCCCUGCCGGUCUCCCCCGCGUUACUCUCUUCGGGUACGUCGAGCCCUUCCCGAACCCUGCCCCGGAGGACACGGAGGCGGCUCUUCGGUCUUGCUAUCUUAAAGCUCACCCCGAUGCCCGGGUGUGGCUGCCGGAGCGGCCGGGCUCGCCGCACAGAAGCCACUGGGUCCGCAUGGUUGUCACUCACGUUUACUGGAUCGGUGGCUUCGGCGGGUUCCAGCGGAUUGGGUGGAUGAAUGUGACCGAGUGGAAGGGUAUUCGGAGGGAGGAGAGUUUGCCGGGUAUUGGGGAUGGGCGGGGCUGGGAGGAUGUGAGGCUUCCUGGCGAGAAAGGGUAUUGA